AUGGCUCUUUCAGUAUUUCUACUAAGCUACCUAUGCCUCCUGGGCACCGGUGUGUCCGCCAGGAAGACUGGAGGGGGCAGCCUUGCUUUUCUUCAUGAUGGUCAGCAGGUGCUCUCCGAUUUAGAUGAUUCUCGCGAGGUCGGUGUCGGGUCGCAGAUUGAGGGCGGUACACAAGGCAUAGCUUUUACCCAGCUUCGUCAAGGAGGAAGCGAAUCCAAUGACGAAGAAGAGGGGGACGGCCUCCGUGACGACUAUGAAAAUGCUGACGAGGGAGGUUGGGAAGGAGGAUCUGGAGGCGCUGGUGAGGGAGAUGAAUCCGAGAUGAGCGGCGAUAAUGAUGGGGAGGCAAGCCACCAGGCAGAAUCUGAAAAUGAGGAGGGGCUUUCAGAACGCCCUGCGCCGGCGUUUCACGCUGCCAUGCCUGUCUCUCAGAUGCUUGCUGUCAAGCUUGCAGCUGACAGCCCUCGAGUUGGCUAUGUGGACGGUCAAGAAGCGUGCUCCGCACUGGGGUGUCCACGUGUAACAGCAGGAGCUGGGCCAAGAAAUCCCAUUACAGGGUGUGCAAAAGGGGUCAAGUGCGGCGGCUGUCAAGGCCGACUAGACGCCGAGUCUCGGUGCCAAGCCUGGAAAACUCCCAGUCGACCGGAUGUAAUCCUUGCCACGGGCUGGCACUUCACCAAGCACACGAUAUCGCGUUCAGGGGCAUUCGAGAUCGACCUCAACUGGGACACAGACCGCGAUCUGGAUUUCAGCAAGUGCAUGCCUGAUUUGCGGCAGGUUACGAAAUCAUUCAAGGAACUGCAAGAAACUGGCAAUGUGAAGCCUUUCACCUUCCACCGGAUGGUCAACGUGCAACUAGCCGUUCACCGGCUUCCUUCAGAGGGAAUGGAAGAUGAAGCGCCGAAAAAAAUGUCGUUUUCGAUACAAUUCACAGACCCGCAUACGUCGGCUCUCGUCGCUCCUGGCGGUUCAGCCCAGCGCAAGCCAAUGUGCAGUGGCACAGACGUCACAAUACCCAUAACAACUCUUGGGAGGAAAACUGCGAUGUACGGUGUUGGGUGGCUGUCGAUUCCGAAGGAUCAGAUGUUUCCAAUAACCACUAGAAACUUUGUUGUUCGGAUGCAGUGCAGUGGAGUCCAGGCGUGCAACCUUAACAGAAUAGGCGUGUGCGCGCGAAUCACGUGCCCUGCCACGGCCGCAGUUGCGGAGCAGCAAAUGGCCUCAGUGCAGAACGCAAUGAGCAAACCCGUGGGCGAGGGCCCAGUUGAAGAUGGGGCUACCGCUGCCCCCCAGGCAGUCGGAGGCGCGGUCCCCCGCGUUUUCCAGGCAGCAACUGGACGUUUCGGUUCCCAUGGUCCACCGCAAUCGCCGUUAGUACUUGCUCGAGCGCCGUACCCCGGUGUGUUGCGCCCUGGCUAUCCAUUUUUUAUCAUGGGUCAUGCCGCAGUGCAUGCGCCUUCCGUCUUCUGGUUAGCUCUAAUUGGUUUUCUUUCCUCUAUCGUUUCUCUUCUGGUGCUGUAG